AGAUGUACCGGAAAAGUGCGCGUAAGCGCCCUGGCGAUCAAAUUAAGAAAGAUUUAUCUCAGAAAGAAGAAUAAGAAAUUUUGUGGAAACUCGUGACAUGGAUACGCACGGGAAUAGCAUUGCUGAUCAUGAAACGUAGCCUUUCUUGCUCUCUUAUACUUUGGAACGACAGAAAUUAUGAAUCCCGGCAAUGUCGUUACAUCUAAAUUUCGUGCGACUUUUUACGAGCUCUUGUCGCUACGGCAAUGAUAUUGCGCGCCGGCGAUUGUAUUAUCGUCCUCGAGGGCGUCACUUUCAUCCGCCGCCGAUGACGCAUUGCCGCGAUCCGCGAACUGCAAACAAUGUGGCCUAUCAAUGAAGAAAAGGAGGAAGAAGGGCAAAAGAACGGUUUUCUCGUAGACGCGCAAGAGAUGAUACUCGUAUUAGCGAGGAUCGCGAUUGUAAGCACGGUUAUUACCAUUCUGCUUGUUGCGUACUUGAUUACGCGCUUAACCCAUGCGAGUUUGUUUCCCAUCAUUCUACGAAAAGGUAUCGAGUUUCUCGGACCAAUUUUCGUCAAGUUCGGUCAAUGGGUCUCCACGCGAUGGGAUGUCUUUCCGCGGGAUGUUUGCGACACGCUUUCUCAACUGCAACGAAAUGUGACACCGCAUUCGUGGCUGUAUACAGAGCGCCUACUCGAAGCGACAUAUGGUCUUUCGUGGCGGAAUUUAUUUGUGAAGUUUGACGGCAAAGAACCAAUUGGCUCAGGAUGUUGUGCGCAGGUGUAUAAAGCUUGGAUCGAUCAAAGUGCAACACGGGAGCCUCAGAUAUUGCAUUUCGUGGAUAAUAAAGCUCUCAAUGGAAGCGACAAAUUAACAUCUGCCAGUCCGUGUACCAGGAAAUUGCAAACCGUAGCGGUAAAAGUGUUGCAUCCUGGAAUCAAAGGCCAAGUCAAAAGGGACAUUGCAAUAAUGCGUGGUUUUUGCAAGUGCGCCACGUACUUCAUUCCGAAAUUGCAUUGGCUCAGUCUUAUAGAUUGCGUCGACGAAUUCGCACGCAUAAUGGAAAAUCAAGUUGACAUGCGACUGGAAGCUUCCAAUCUUGUGAGAUUUUCAGCGAAUUUCUCGAAGAGACGUGACAUUGUGUUCCCGUAUCCUUACACACAUCUGACUCGUCGCAGGAUACUCGUUGAGAGUUUCCACGAGGGUUCACCGAUAUCAGAUUAUUUCGAAUACGACGACGCUAUUUUACAGCGGAGACUCGCCAGGAUAGGAAUCGCGAUGGUUCUUCAAAUGAUAUUUAAGGAUAACUUCAUCCAUUGUGACUUGCAUCCAGGCAACAUUCUAGUUGAGGAAACGGUCGUCCCGAAGGCGAGUUUGUUCAACACUUUUUGGCGGGUUAUUACCCCCGAUUAUGCGGAGCACGACUCACGCCUGAUCAUAUUGGACUGUGGCCUUGUAGUAUCUCUGAAUGAACGCUGCCGACAAAAUCUUCGAGAUGUUUUUUACUCGGUGCUAAUGAGAAACGGCGAAAUGGCGGCACAGUAUAUCCUGGAGCACAGUUCGUACAUGACCCCCGAUCCAGAUGGCUUCAAAUGUUCAAUUAGAAAUAUUGUCAAGUCUCAUUUUAGCAAUCCAUUUAACGUAAACAUAAGUACCGUUGUGUCGGAAUUAUUCUCCGCGAUGAUCCAUCACCGAGUCAAGCAAGACGGAUCCUUCAGCAGCGUGAUUAUUAGUAUGCUGGUGAUAGAGGGUCUCGGCCGGUGCCUGGAUCCUAAAGUCGAUAUUUUCACGGAAAUUCUGCCCUACGUCCUCAGCAGCGUUAUAUAUAACGAGUGAAAAUCAGACUCUAAACAAAAGUCAAUUAUAUAUUCGAAAUAAUUACUGGAGUAUUAUUGUACUUGUACCUCAUAUAAUAAACAAUUUAAG